AUGUUGUUCGCUACAUGCUCUGUUUCAACCUCCCUCGUCAUUAGCGGAGCGAGUACUUCGACGCUCUUGGUGACCGUCACAAAUACCGUGGGCCAGCCUUCAACUUCACCAGUUGGGGCCAGAUCCAAUGGGGUACACUCCACCUACUCUGUCUCAACCUCAGUUUCUAUUGGCGACACAAGAACUCCGACGUUCUGGUCGACAGCCACAACCUCUCUAAGCUCAAUGUCGACUAUACGCACCGACACUAGUUCCAGCAGGGUACAGCCUAUAUCGUCCAGCUCAACCGUAUCGGAUUUCACAGCUUCAUCCCACAGCCCAACAACUUCAUCCAGCAAAACGGCAUCCGGCUCUACGGAAAAUGGCACGUCAAAUGGUAUUCCGGUUACCACUACGUCCAGUAUAACGGGGAGUCUGACAGGAGUUGCUUCAACCAGUGGUACUAUCAACAGUGCUUCAUUCACUGUCACGACUACUGCGAGUCCACAGCCAACUGCGGCCACGCAGGUCGACACCAGCUCCAACGGAGUCCAUCCUACCUUUUCGAGCAGCAUUCCUUCUAGUUUCAUUUCUUCCAGCACUAGCACGUCCACCACAUUUUCUAGUACUUCCUCCAGCAGUACUCCGUCUGGUGCUUCGUCCAGUGCUGUUUUCAGCUCUUCUUCUAGCAACACUGAGCCCACACAGAUGGAAACCAGUUCCGACGGGGUACAUCCUACCUUCUUAACCAGCAGUUCAGUUAUCAGCGCCACAUCCGUUGCCACCUCCAGUACUCCGCCCAGCCCAACGUCCAGCACCGCGACCAGCACAACGCCAAGCACUACAGAGAGCACGACUGCGAGCACCAUCUCUAGCAGCGCGUUGACCACCAGCAUCACAUCCCCCGGAACUACGGAGGGUAUUGUGAGCAGCAGCACAUCUAGCAGCACUAUGGAGACCAUUCCAAUUAGCACCGCAUUGAGCAGCACUGAAAGCAGCACUACGGAAAGCAGUCCUUCAUCGAGUAGUACCACGUUCGGCAACUUUACAGAGACCAGCACUACAGAAAGUCGCACUACGGAAAGCAGCACCAUGGAGAUUAGCAUCACGGAAACUAGUAUCGCAGAAAGCAGCACUUCAGAGACAAACCCUACAAGUACCAACACCACGCAGACUAGCACCAUGGAGACCAGAAGCACUGAAACCAGCGUUGCCGCAAGCAGCACUUUGUCCAGUAAUUCCAUAUCUAUCAGCAUCACGGAGGCCAGUAAGACAGAAAGCAGCACCACGGAGAUCAGCGCUAUGAGGACUAGCACAACGGACAGCAGCGCCACGAAGAACAGCACCAUUCAAGGCAGCACCGCGGAAAGCAGUACCCUAUCUAGCAGUACCACACCGAUUAGCACCACCGAAACCAGUACUAUGGACAAUAGCACUGUGAAAAGUAGUACUACGGAAAGCAGCGUCAUGGAGACUAGUACUACGGAAACUAGCACCAUGGAAACUAGGACUACAGAGAACAGUACCAGAUUCAGCAGCACCACGGAGGCCAGUACUGCAGAAAGCAGUAUUACAGAAACUGGUAGCUCAGAAAUCAGCACUUCAGAGAUAAGCCCUAUAAGGACUAGCACCACGGAGAGCAGUACUACAGAGAACAGCACUAUUCAAAGCAGCACCACGGAGAGCAGUCCUCUAUCUAGUAGCGCCGCAUCAAACAGCACCACGCAAACCAGUACUUCAACCAGUAGCAUCACGAAUAGAAGGACUCUAGGGACUAGUACUCCGGAAGGCACCAUUACAGAAAGCACCACUAUGAAAAGCAGUAGCACGGAGAUAAGUACUAUUGGGACUGGCACUACGGGGAGCAGUACCACGAAUAGUAUCUCCGCAGCGUUCAGCACGUCAGAAAGUAGUGUUAGGGAGACAAGCAUUAUAGAGACUCCUACUGCGAACACGAGCGCUACGGAGACCAGCACCAUGGGGAUCACCGCACAAAGCAGUACUCUAUCUAGUAGUGUGACAUUCAGCAGCACCACAGACACCAGCACUGAAGAAAGUAAUAUCAUGGAGAUAAGCACAACAGAGACUAGGACCACGGAGAGCAUCACGACGGAAGCCAGCGCCACGGAGACUAGCACGGAAAUCAUCAGCAUUGAAAGCAGUACCGCAACAAGCAGUACUCUAUCUAAUACCACCACAUCUAGCAGCGCCACGGACACUAGCAAUGCAGAAAGCAGCACCACGGAAACAACUGCAACAACUGCUAUGGGGACCACAGCAGAAAGCAAUUCUCUCCCCAGUAGUACCACGUUCAGCAGUACCACGGAGAUCAGCUCUAUGGGAACCAGCACUACGGAGACAAGCACCACGGAAAGCAGUACUACGUCCAGCAGCUCUGCAGAUACUGCGUUGCCAACCAGCACUACAGACACUACUUCGUCCUCAAGUCAAGUCAUUACAACAGAUACAGCUUCUACCACAUCACAGCCCACCACACUAUCGCAAGCGUCAAGUACAGAUCAGACCUCUUCGUCUUCCAUUACUACUACAUCCUCAGACACCUCUACUAUCACAUCUGGGUCCAGCUCUUCCACAACCGUGUUUCCCACAGACGCUGUAGGCACUACAUCAGAGUUUGAUGGCGCAUUGACUCUCGAUGCUGCACCCACGGUAACCUUGAUGCCAGCGCCACCUUUUGGUGUAGAUCAGGGCAGCCUGGACGUUGUUACUCCUGCCAACACCAAUCAGUUAUGGUACACUUCACCCCCGGAUGAUGCGUCGGAGAUCACCGGGACCAUUCUUCGACUAAACAUGACCUACCAGCACCUUUCCGUUGCCCUGGACCAGUCUAUAUAUAUCAGGAGUGUGACAUGCGCUGGAUCCACGCUGACUACAGUUUUCGGCGAUGCUGGAGUGUACUCAUACGCUGCGCCGAUAUGGCGCGCAACCUCACAAAUCCUUUUCAUCACUGCGACCUCCUCGUGCUCUAUCGACGGUCAAAACGAGUUCUUUCUUACCUCGGGCUCGCCAUCGUGCGAUGAUGCUUCCCAGACGUGCAGCGCCACCGUUACUAUUGUCAAUCUUGGAGAUGUUUUCAGCAACUUGGACGCCGACCUUGGUGCCAUUGAAGUCGACACCACUGCCUCGACCACGACCACAGCGAACCCAACGGCAUGUAGCGCGCCUCCGGCCACAUCGAUCUCUAAUCUACCUGCUGCUUCGUGUGGGCCCGGCUUUGAUCAAACCAUUGACUCUGGGCUUGGCUACUACAGCGGUGCGGAGAGCGAUGUUGACGUGGUUCUCGCACAAAUCGCACCUGGCACCCAGUCCAGAACUCCCAAGAGGAGUCUUUUCGAUUUGCUCGUGGCGAAAAUGGCAGCUAUUUCUCAGAGAGGCAUUUCCAAGAGAGGUCUCUUCUCUUUUGUGAGCGCAGCUGUCACCAGGGUCGCCAGUGCAGUCAAAACAGUGGCCACAACUGUUGCGAAGGCUGUCGUCACGGUCGCUGCAAAGGUGGUCGCCCCAGCAGCGCAAUUCGUGGCUCGGGCUGCUGUAUCGAUCGCCAAGACGACGGUUGCGGCGGCCAAAGCAGUCUAUAACGUUGUCAAGUUUGUCGUCACAGGCAACUACAACCAGUCUUUCAACCUACAUCUGGACAUGGCACCCCCCAGCAGCCUACUGACACAGUCGCCUUACAACAACAAUGAGCUUGGGUUCAGGUUCUACAAAUUUGGUGUCUCUAAGCAAGACCCAGGAUACAGCCUCUGGGAAAAUGCUCUUGAAUUGCUCGGAAAUCAGCUCGGCGCCAAUGCUAAACCAGAGCCCGGCGUUGAGCUUUGGUGCAUCGACUGUGGCAUCAAGGGAGACAUCACCACAACUGGUUUGAUUUCAGCCAAUCUAGGCGGCGUCACCAACGCCCAGGUGAAGAUCAGCGGGAGCAUGUACGCGGGACUGUUUGUAGGCAUCGAUGCCUUCGCUACUAUCAAGAGGCAGUAUAGCCGGCAGAUUCUUACGCGUGGCCUCCCGACUCUGUCCAUCCCGAAAGUCUUCACACUUGGCCCGAGCAUCUCGCUGAAUGUUUCGGCAGAAGCACGCAUCGAACUGCUCGGCCGAGCGUUGACGGGUGCCUCGCUCAGCUGGCCCAACAUUGCUGGAACGCUCGACUUCCUGGACAGCAGCAAAUCCAGUACGUCCGGGUUCACUCCUGUCCUGAAUGCCACGUUGCAAGUCACUGAGGGAGCCAAGCUCAUUCUUUCAUUCGGGUUGCCAAUCUCUGUCAACUUUGGAUUCGACAUCCUGGACGGCAAAUACAAGAAGGAGGCUUCGCUCAUUGACACACCCUCCCUCCAAGCCAUCAUGGAUUAUGAGGAACAGUCGUCUGUCACGGGUUCAACUGGGAACGGUGGCUGUGCUACAAUCAACACGAUUCCCUCAACCAACUGCUAUGGGGUUUACUGGAACAUCUCGGCGGUUAAUGACGUGGAGCUUGACCUGUUUGGCCGCGCCACCUACAACCUCGAUCACUACGAGAGCAACAAAAUCGCCGAGGGAUGUGUCGGCACAGAGGCCAGCAGCGCCGGAAAUAUUGACACCUGUACCAGCACCAGCUCCGCUCCUGUGGGACAGCAAACCACGGCUACCACUGAGAUGCCAGCGACCACGACAACAGCGGGACCGCCGUGCACGAGCACCAUAAACGGGCUGCGAUGGGCCUAUUACACUGCGCCCAGCGACUUCAACAUCGACGAGGUGCACAAUAGUGCGCCAUUGGCGACCGGUCUGGCACUAGCGGAGAACGGCAUCGACAACUUGAUCAUCGACGACGGACAGCCAAUCACCUCGAUAUACCAGACGCCCGUGCCUUCUCUCCCCCAAGACUUCUUCUUCCUCAGCCACGUCGGCUACAUCUACGCCUACGUCGCCGGUUCCUACGUAUUCACAAGCAACAACGUGGAUGACGACCUAUACAUGUGGUGA